AAAUAAUUCUGCAUCGCAGGCGCACCUCCCCUCCGUUUUCUAGACGAGUGUUCUCGUAAACAACAUGGCUAGCGUUGGUUUAUCGAAGAUUUUAUUCGUUUUACUCGUGACGUACUUCUCAAAAUCUUCCUCCUUAAAUGUUGAAUUUGGAAAGAAAUACGUUUUUAGCGAUAAGACACCGUAUCACUUUUUAAACGAGAGUGUACAAAUACCGAAGAACUAUGAACCAAUAUUCAUAAACAUGAUUAUCAGACACGGUUCUAGAUAUCCUUCAACGCAUCGCGUACAAGGAUUUGAUAAAUACCUUAAAGUAUUAAAUAGGUAUAUUCUGGUGAAUAGAAUGGAAAAUACGACCAUUCCUUCAACCGAAAGACAGUAUUUACCUUGGGAAAUUCCAAUAGAUGUGAAGAACGCCGCUAGCAAGGAAUUAUCGAAGUUAGGUGCGCAAGAAAUGUACGAAAUUGCAAGGCGCGUCCGUGUUAACUUUCCUCAGUUAUUUAACUUUAAUUAUUCCAACAAUAAUUACAGUUUCAUCGCAACUGACAAGUUAAGAUCCAGUCAAAGUGCGGUUUCUUUUGCGCAAGGUCUAUUUGAAUAUCGUGGUAAUGUUGGUGAUUCAAGAUACCAGCCGGUUGCGAUUAAGUCUUCGGGACCAUCACACAGAGAUCGUGUUCUUCGUAUUUAUGAAGCUUGUCCAAAAUGGAGAAACAAGAUUCGCUUCUCAGAAUACCGAAAAUUCUUGUCCGGAGAGCACAUGCGCAAAGUGACUGAAAAUAUUCGAACCAGGCUAAAUUUACACAAUAAAACGUUAUCUCCUCAAGCUGUCGUUGAAAUGUAUUUGAUGUGUGCAUUUGGAACGCAGACCGAUAGCAAAGACGUCAGUCUAUGUUCGUUGUUCAGUGAUGACGAUUUUCGAGUAUUGGAGUACCUGAAUGAUCUCAAAGUAUACUGGAGCUAUGGUUACGGUCGUAAAAUCAAUUCCAGAAUGGCUUGCCUUCUAUAUCGUAAUCUGUUGUUAAGCUUUAAUCAACACAUACAAAUCAGCAAGCCAUAUGGUGUGUUUCAGUUUGCGCAUACGGGGACAGUCGUGCCACUUCUCACUUUGCUAGGUUUGUUUCAAGAUGAGCAACCUCUUCGUUCAGAUAAUUUUCCAACAAUGCAAAACAACAGAACGUUCCGUCCAUCAGAUAUCGUUCCCAUGUCGGCAAAUAUUGCGUUUGUGCUGUACGAUCGCUCUAGAAAUGCAACGAAAUCAAAUCAUGCUCGUUCGAAGUCAUCAUUCUCUCGAAUUUUGAUCCAAGUGCUUGUGAACGAGGUCGUCGUUAAAGUACCUGCUUGCAAAGGCAAGAAAUACUGUCGUCUUAAAAAGUUCGUCGAGUUUUAUUCGUCCUUUGAAAAGAAUUGCAACAUCAGAAAGAUUUGUGGAUCACGUAAAAAUCGCUCGCGUUCACAACGUCGGAAUUUUGAUUGAGAUAUUAAUACAACAUGUGUUGACUUAACACAUGUGUUGAUUGAAAGUUUUAGUGUUUCUGGGGUUGUAUGAUGUAUGUUUUGGUAUGUUUAUGGUUGUAUCAGUUUGAAUAAAUAUGUCACAAUAAAAGAGAAAAUUUGUGAUUUUCUUU